AUGUCCACCAUUUCUUCUUCCGCUUCCUCCUCUUCGCACGAUAAACCUGCGCCAACUCCAGCAUUUACAGAUACAUAUAGUUCGAAUCUAAGUGAUGAAAAAAAAGAAGAAAAAUAUGUACAUGAGGUUUAUGAAGCUAUUGCACCACACUUUAGCCAAACUAGAUAUAAGCCAUGGCCUGUAGUUGAGAAUUUUUUAAAAGAAUUGGAGAUGGGUAGUAUGGGAGCUGAUAUAGGUUGUGGAAACGGUAAAUAUUUUGGUGUGAAUAAAAAUACUUUUAUGAUUGGGACAGAUAGAAGUUCUAAAUUAAUUGAGAUAUGUAAAUCAAGAGGAUUUGAAUGUUUAAUAGAUGAUGCAUUAAAUUUACCAUUUAGAAAUGAAUGCUUUGAUUUUGUAAUUUCCAUAGCCGUCAUUCAUCAUUUAACAACUUCAGAAAGACGUGUUAAAGCAAUCAAGGAAUUAUUCAGAAUAACUAAACCAAAUUCUAAGAUAUUAAUAUAUGUAUGGGCAUUGGAACAACAAUCAACACCAAAGAAAAAUGCCAAUAGUACUGAAGCUAGUAGUGGUGGUGGUGGAGAACCAAGAAGAAAUUUUGAUCAAAAUUAUCAAGAUGUUUUUGUACCGUGGGUGAUUCCAAAAGAUAAAAAUUAUGAAGAUAGAAAACAGAAUGUGGUUUUUAAAAGAUAUUAUCAUUUAUUUAAAAAUGGUGAAUUGGAUGAGCUAGUGAUAAAUACAAAUUUGGCAAAAAUACUGAAGUCAGGUUAUGAUAAAGAUAAUUGGUAUGUUAUUGCUGAAAAAAUAUAG